AGAUAAAGAAAACAAAAAAGGUGUAUUUUUCUUUUCAGUUUUUUCUUAAUUGUCCUUAUCUCUCACAAAUCCCAAUACAAGCACACAUCUAUAUAAACGCAGUAUUCAGUCGUCCAAUUCAAUCCAAUCGUUGAAUUUUCAGAAAUAUUUUGGGAGAAGAAGAAAAGAGAACGAAAGAAAUUGAGAAUGGAAAGAGCGAUUGAGAGGCAGAGAGUUGUGCUGCAGCACCUCAAGCCAUCUUUCACUUCUUCUUCCCUUGAAAAUCUUGACUCUUCCCUGUCUGCUUCUGUGUGUGCAGCUGGCGACAGUGCUGCAUAUCACAGGACAUCUGCUUUUGGUGAUGAUGUGGUCAUAGUAGCUGCAUAUCGAACUGCACUCUGCAAGUCUAAAAGGGGUGGUUUCAAAGAUACUUAUCCUGAUGAUUUACUUGCACCAGUUUUAAGGGCAUUAAUAGAAAAGACGAACUUGAACCCAAGUGAAGUAGGUGAUAUUGUUGUGGGCACAGUUAUGGCUCCUGGUUCUCAAAGAGCCAGCGAAUGCAGGAUGGCUGCAUUCUAUGCUGGUUUUCCUGAAACUGUGCCAGUAAGAACAGUGAACAGACAAUGUUCAUCUGGCCUUCAAGCAGUAGCUGAUGUAGCUGCAGCAAUUAAGGCUGGUUUCUAUGACAUAGGGAUUGGUGCCGGAUUGGAAUCAAUGACCACAAAUCCAAUGGCUUGGGAAGGAUCAGUUAAUCCACGAGUGAAGUCAAUGGCGGAGGCACAGAAUUGCCUUCUUCCAAUGGGUGUUACUUCAGAAAAUGUUGCACAUCGCUUUAAUGUGACAAGGCAGGAACAAGACCAGGCUGCGGUUGAGUCACAUAAGAAGGCUGCAGCUGCCACUGCUUCUGGAAGAUUUAAAGAUGAGAUAAUACCUGUAGCUACCAAGAUUGUUGACCCAAAAACUGGAGACGAGAAACCUGUCACGAUCUCAGUGGAUGAUGGAAUUCGGCCAAGCACAACAGUAGCUGACCUCGCAAAGCUAAAGCCUGUAUUCAAGAAAGAUGGAUCAACCACUGCAGGAAAUUCUAGCCAAGUUAGCGAUGGAGCUGGUGCUGUACUUCUGAUGAAGAGAAGUCUUGCAAUGCAGAAAGGACUUCCAAUUCUUGGUGUUUUUAGGACUUUUGCUGCAGUUGGUGUAGACCCAGCCAUCAUGGGUGUCGGUCCUGCUGUUGCUAUCCCAGCUGCUGUUAAAUCUGCUGGACUUGAACUUGAGGAUAUUGAUCUUUUUGAGAUAAAUGAGGCUUUUGCAUCGCAAUUUGUGUAUUGCCGUGAGAAGCUGGGACUUGAUCCAGAAAAGAUUAACGUGAAUGGAGGUGCAAUGGCUAUCGGACAUCCAUUGGGUGCCACAGGUGCCCGUUGUGUUGCCACCCUCUUACAUGAAAUGAAGCGCCGUGGCAAGGAUUGCCGUUUUGGGGUGGUAUCGAUGUGUAUAGGUACCGGAAUGGGGGCUGCUGCUGUUUUUGAACGGGGCGAUUCGUGUGAUGAAUUGUGCAAUGCACGGAAAAUUGAAGCCAAUAAUUUAUUGUCCAAGGAUGCUCGAUAGACUCGAUCAAGCACUGUGGGAUACAGGAUUAAAUGACAUCAAUGGGCUAGAUCUUUGUAACAAUAAAAGCAUGUAAUAACUUGGGUUUGUAUUGCUUGAGAAUAACUUAUUAUAGACUAAGGUCAUUUUGCCAUUCCCUUAGCAGUGCAGGCGGAAUGUUUCACAGCUUCCUCUGAAAUGCGGCCUGUGCUGCUUGAUACUUGAAAUUCAUGUUUGUUUGUUAUUUAUGAAGGGGCAGACUAGCCUGUUUAAUUUUCUUGUUUUU